CGGCGGCGGCGCGGGGCGGGGCGGGGCGGCGCGGGCCGGGCCGGGCCGGGCCGGGCGGGCCGGGCAUGGCGGGGUAGCGGCGCGCAGCGACCAUGCGGGCCCGCCGCCUCCUGCCGCUGCUGCUGCCGCUGCUGCUGCUGGGCGCGGGCGGGCGGCGGGCGCGGGGCGCGGCGGCGGCGGAGCCCGGCGCCCACGAGGUGCUGCUCAAGGUGCAGGUGUACGAGAGCGGCGCCUUGGCCCCGCUGGCCCAGGCCGCCGUCGAGGUUUUCGGCAACCGCAGCUCGCUGGCCGCCGGCACCACCGACCAUGAGGGCGCGGGCGUCCUGCCCGUCGCCUACCGCCUGGGCACCUGGGUCCUCGUCACCGCCGCCCGCCGCGGCUACGUCACCGCCUCCGUGCCCUGGCGCGUCAACAAGCUGCCACUGUACGCCUCCGUCAGCCUCUACCUGCUCCCCGAGCGCCCCGCCACCCUCAUCCUCUACGAGGACCUGGUGCAAAUCCUGCUGGGGUCCCCAGGAGCCCGGGGCCAGCCGUGGGUGCAGUUCCAGCGCAAGGCGGCCCGCCUGCCCCGCAGCUCCACGUACAGCCAGCUCGCCGCCUCGCUGACCGCCGCCACCGCCCCCCGCGACAUGCGGGGCUUCCCCUGCUUCCUGGGCGCCGAGCACAACGGCAGCGGCAACGGCAGCUGGCUGGAGCUGGCGCCCGUGGCGGCCGUCAGCGUGCACCUCUUCACGGGCAACGGCACCGAAGUGCAGCUCUCCGGCCCCGUCCAUCUGUCCAUCCCGCUGCCCCCCGACAGCAGCCCCAUGGUGGCCACCAGCGUGCCGGCCUGGCGCUUCGACGGCAAGAGCGGCUUGUGGGUCCGCAACGGGACGGGACUGAUCCGGAAGGAGGGCCGGCAGCUGUACUGGACCUUCGUCUCCCCCCAGCUGGGCUACUGGGCGGCGGCUCUGCCUUCUCCUAACACAGGGCUGGUGGCGAUGGCUGCGGGCAUGAAGGACAUCAGCACCUACCACACCAUCUUCCUGCUCACCAUCCUGGGCGCGCUGGCCCUGCUCGUCCUCAUCCUGCUCUGCCUCCUCAUCUACUACUGCAGGAGGAGGUGCCUGAAGCCACGGCAGCAGCACCGCAAGCUGCAGGUCUCGGGGACCCUGGACGCCUCCAAGAAGGACCAGGCCACCUCCAUGUCGCAGCUCAACCUCAUCUGCGCCAGCCACCUGGAGACGGCGUCGUCCGGCGGCGACACGGACGUGCACACCCCCAUCCUCAAGUCGGCCUUCUCGGCCUCCCGCGAGUUCGAGAGCUCCCGCGAGGAGUUCUUCAAGCAGGUCUCGGCCCCCAAGCUGCGCGGCGUCCCCAAGACGCCCACGGACACCCUGAGCCACCGCGGCGCCGCCAAGGAGGACUACGGGCGCCCGGGCGAGGCCUUCGGCCUCAAGGCCGCCCGCUCCAUGGACGGCCCGGGGCCGGCCGAGCCGGCUCUGCUGGACGAGUACAAGCGGAGCUACUCGCACCAGCGCGUGGAGGACCGGGGCGCCCCGGCCCCCCGCAAGCACCCCCGGCCCGAGGGCGCCUACCUGCAAGAGCCGCCCUCGCCGCCGCCGCUGCCGCCCCCCUUCGAGCACUACGGGGGGCCCAAGGCGGAGGCCAAGGCGCCCGAAUUCCUGCUCUCGCAGUCGGUGGACCACCUGGCGCGUCCCACCUCGCUGAGCCAGCCCGGGCAGCUCAUCUUCUGCGGCUCCAUCGACCACGUCAAGGAGGACGUCUACAGGAACGUCAUGCCCACCCUGGUCAUCCCGGCGCACUACAUGCGCCUGGCGGCCGACUACGGCGCCGGCGAGCAGCCGGGGCCGCCCGAGGGGCCGCCGGAGCUGGAGGGGCCGCCGGGCCAAGGCCCGGCCCACGCGUUCGGGCCGGCGGAGCAGCAGCAGCGCCCGCUGCUGCCGCAGCCCUUCCAGCUGCCGCCGCAGGCCUACGCGGCGGGCGAGGACGGGGAGGGCAAAGGCUGGGGGCCGCACGGCGCCUCGGUCAGCGGCUCCGUCACCAUCCCCGUGCUCUUCAACGAGUCCACCAUGGCGCAGCUCAACGGCGAGCUGCAGGCGCUGACGGAGAAGAAGCUGCUGGAGCUGGGCGUGAAGCCGCACCCGCGCGCCUGGUUCGUCUCGCUGGACGGGCGCUCGUCGCAGGUGCGCCACUCCUACAUCGACCUGCAGGGCGGCGACAAGGCCCGCGAGGGCGACGGCGAGCCCAAGGCCCGGCGGCGGCCCACCAAGGAGGAGCAGCGCCCGGCGGCCCCCGGCAAGGCGCCCGACGAGGCCGAGCGCAGCAGCAGCGAGAGCCGCACGGCCGGCGCCUCGCCCGAGGACAACUCGCUGACGCCGCUGCUGGACGAGGCCGCCGAGGGCCCCCGGGGGGGCGCGGGGCCGCGGCGGGGGCGGGCCCGCGGCGACAGCUCCCGCAGCAGCGCCAGCGAGCCCCGCCGGGACUCCAUGACCAGCCCCGAGGACGACAUGACGGAGCCGGGCGAGGGCGGGGACGAGCCGGGCGACCGCAAAAGCCCCUGGCAGAAGCGGGAGGAGCGACCGCUCAUGGUCUUCAAUAUGAAGGCCGGGGGGGCCGGCAGUGCCCCCCGCGCCAGCGGCGCCUCCAAGCUGGCGUAGGAGCCCCCCCCGCCGAGCCUCCUCCCCGGGGUUGCUUUGGAUUUUAAUCGUGUUUCUAAAAGUUUUAUACGUGGCCAGAAAAGAAGAAGGGAAAGCCGGGGCCGUGCAUGUACCGGGGGGGGGGAGCAGGGCCCCUCGGGGGGCACCGCCGGCCCCCCCCCCGGCUGGGCCCAGCCCGGGAGCCGGUGCCCGCUCCAGCCCAGGGCUGCCCUCCCGUCCCUGCUUGUUCGUUAGAAUGGUAUUAAUAUAUAAAAAAACCCGUCGACGCAA